UCUAGACUCCAACGAGCGACGCAUAUUAAUAACGUGAUUACUAUUUGCCCUUGGCGAUAGUAAUUAAUUAAUUGAUCUCUCAUAAAUUAAAAGCACUUCCUCUUCAUAUCAUAGCCAUAUAUAGCAUCUCCAUCUCUAUCUCCAUCUCUCCAUCACCAUCUCCAUCUCACCAAUAAGCCUCCUAAUGCUAUCCUUCAAGAUUAGCCAAGAAGGAGCUACAGAAGUCACAGAAGAGGUCCAAGAUGAUCUUCAGUGGAUCAAGAGAAUGGCAAAUGUCCUCAAUGGGUGUCAAGAAAAAACACUAGGCAAUUGGCCAUGUACUAUCUUCAAGGUGCCGGAGAACAUCCGGCAGUGCGACAACAAAGGGGCGUAUGAUCCUUCCAUCGUUACUAUUGGCCCUUACCAUUACAAUAAAUUCAAAAAUAGAACAGUCCAGGCCAUGCAAGCUCACAAGUGGCACUGCAUGCGGCGCUUGCUUUCAAGGCACACCAAGAGUAGGCGCAAAGCUACCGAUUUGUUCGGCCAAUGCUUGGAGGAAAUGCGGAAAAUGGAUGCAGAUGUCCGAGGCAGUUACUCGGAAGAUCUCCAUCACUUGAGUGUUAAUGAUUUGGCCUUGAUCAUGUUUCUGGAUGGUUGUUUCAUCAUCCAUGUCUUGCUCAAGUUUAAUGAAGUCGACGAGUACUGGGAAAACAUUUCCAACAUGGUAACGUUGGGCAAAAAUAAUGAUAAUGAUGAUGGUCAGGAGGAGGAAGAGGACAUUGCUGCUGGACAUGAAGAAGACAUGGUGGUGUUGGACAUUAUGGGAGAAAAGAAGAUAGAUUUGCGAGUGGUUGGAGUAUGGAAUAUAUGGGGAAAUAUGCUGCAUGAUUUGGUGAACGUUGAGAACCAAAUCCCUUUCACCAUUAUCCAGGCACUCUUCAGCAAGCUUAAGACUCCUGGAGAUGAAGACAUUGAUCUAGUCGAGAUUGCGCGUCAGCUUUUAUCUUGUAUCCAUCCAUCACCUUACCAAAACUUCGCCACCAUUCCGCCUCCGCCCGUCCACCAUUUGCUUCAUUUGUUCCAUUCAACAUUCGUUCCUUCCGAUGAUUGUUUAAAGAUCAACUCAAGCAACUUACAAAAACAAAAAAUCAUAGAUGUUGAUUGGAUCCCGAGUGCGACGGAACUUCAGCUCGCAGGAGUCAAGUUCGUGAAGAAGAAGGGAUGUGCCACCAACUUCCUCGACAUUUCAUUCAAGAACGGCAUCAUUGAAAUUCCCCAAGUUGAGCUAGAUGACAACACAAACACUCUCUUCAGGAAUUUGAUCGCAUUCGAGCAAUGCUAUUAUCCACAUACAAAGAAUUACAUCACUGCCUAUGCCUUUUUUAUGGACUACAUGAUCAACGCCCCAAAAGAUGUGGAAUUAUUUGAGUUGAAAGGAAUCUUUAUCAAUCGCUUGGGCACUCCUGAUCAUGCCGCUACUCUUAUUAACCACUUGUGCGACCAAAUUAGGUUGUCCCGUGACAACUUUCUUAAAGGGUCAAUUCAAGGUGUGAAAAAUUAUCACGAAUCCAGAUGGCAUAAAUGGAGGGCAAAAUUGAUGCGUGAUUAUUUUGAUAAUCCAUGGGCCAUUGUGUCAUUAGUAGCAGCUCUCAUUCUUCUUCUCCUCACUAUCCAACAAUCCUUCAUUGCAGCUUAUUCUUACUUCCACCCUCCUAAAAAUUGAAAGGAAAUAACAAAGCAUUGCUUGUAACAGUUGGUAUUUGGAUCCACCAAGUACUUGUUGAAUAAGUCCACUCAGAAGUAUGGUUGCUAUGGAUGGUUGACUUCUCUUUAGAGGCGGCUACUGUGUACUUAUGCAUGCUGAUUAGACAAGAGGAAAUCGAGUUUGGCUAUGUGAUUGGAUAUAUGUCUGCUCCCUUUUGCAUCUAGUUUCACUUUUGUAAGCUGUGUCAGCAUCCUUUCUGGCAAGCAUUAAGUAUGUUCCUUUUAUAUUCACUUGUUUAGUUCUAUUGUCUUUCAAGCUAAUUAAUACAAGCUUCAUCUGUGUCUCUGAAAA